AUGCUAACCUUGUCGUCUUCCGACACGUCGACGGGGAUGGCAAUGCCACCUCCGUCCGAGACCACGGCCUUGCUUCCGAAGCCCCCGGGCCCCGCCUCCGAGGAACCCUCCCCAACUCGCCAAUGGCUGGCCGAGAUCUGGCUGCUGACCAAGGCCGCCGUCCCGGUCAUACUGGCUUACACGCUGCAAAACAGUCUGCAGACCCUUAGCGUGCUCAUUGUCGGAAGAUUGAGCCCAGAAGCGCUCGCCACCGCUGCAUUUAGUUACAUGUUCGCCAUGGCGACUGCAUGGCUCAUUGCUCUGGGCGGCACAACAGCACUGGAUACGCUGGCAUCGAGCAGCUUUACUGGAUCAACGAACAAGCACGAUUUGGGUAUUUUGUUACAGAGAGGCAUACUCGUCCUGUCUGCGUUUUAUACAGUGGUGGCGUUUUUGUGGUGGUUCUCCGAGCCAGUCUUCCGGGCGUUGGGGCAGGAGGAGUUCGUUUGCGUGCAAAGCUCGGCCUUUCUGCGAUGUCUAAUCCCGGGCGGGCUGGGAUACGUCUGGUUUGAGGCCAUGAAGAAGUACUUACAGGCACAAGGCAUUUACCGCCCAGGAACAUAUGUGCUCUUGAUUACAUCCCCAAUGAAUGCUGGUCUGAACUACCUUUUCAUCCACACGUUCGGCCUUGGAUUGUACGGCGCCCCUCUUGCCACGGGAAUCUCAUAUUGGGUUUCUUUCUUAUUACUCGUGGCAUAUGCAGCAUUCGUGCGCGGCAAAGAGUGUUGGGGUGGACUGCAGCCACGAAGGGCCCUCAAGAACCUUGGGCCAUUUGCAAAGCUGGCCAUUCUGGGUGUCAUUCACGUCGGUACAGAGUGGUGGGCGUUUGAAAUUGUGGCCUUGGCCGCCGGAAGGCUCGGUACUAUCCCUCUUGCGGCGCAGUCGGUUAUCAUGACUGCGGACCAAAUUAUCAAUACUAUACCCUUCGGCCUUGGGGUGGCGGCUUCGACAAGACUCGGAAACUUGUUGGGUGCGCAGAAACCCCGGGAUGCAGCGAGGGCAGCGCAUGCUGCAGCUGUGCUGUCUGUGAUCCUUGGGACCCUUGUUCUCAUUAUCCUGAUGGCGACCAAGGAUGUAUUCGGCCGCAUCUUCAACGACGACGAUCAAGUGGUCCGGCUCGUAGGUGAAGUGAUGCCGUACGUAGCUCUGUUCCAGAUUGCCGACGGCCUCAAUGGAUCGUGCGGCGGAGCGCUCCGUGGAAUGGGCCGCCAGUGGGUCGGAGCAGUGGUGAACCUGGUCAGCUAUUACGGCGGGGCACUUCCGGCUGGAAUAUACCUCGCCUUCCACGGCUGGGGCCUCGCCGGCUUGUGGAUUGGACAGUGUGUUGCUCUAUAUCUCGUCGGUGCUCUGGAAUGGGCCAUCGUUGGAUUCAGCAAAUGGGACAAAGAGUGCCAGCGAGCAUUGGACCGGCUAGAUGACGACAGCUGUGGCCAGGGGCAGGAAGCUCCCACUGGUGGUGUGGUUUAA